GCCUGAGAUCGGGGACAAAUCCUACGAAAACCCUUGCAGGUGACAUACAAGAGCUCUUCCUUCUCGCUAAAAGGAUGCCGCCGCUCCAAAGGAGGCUCUUUUACGUUCUCCACUCCUCUUCUACUGCUCUCAAGAACGCGUUCUUCUCGUCUCGACAUCACCAUCUCUUUACUCUCUCUCGCUUCUCUACUGCCACAGUUCCAAAUCCAUCCUCCGCACCCCCGUUCUUGCUGCAAUAUCUCAUCAAUUCAUGUGGGCUUUCAUCGGGCGACGCGGCGGAAGCAGCGAAACACAUCGCGCACCUCAAAUCCCCUUCCAAUCCUGAUUCCGUCCUUCGUUUCCUCAAGCAGAGCGGUUUCACCGACGCCAACAUCCGAAAGUUGGUAUCUUUGCACCCCAGAGUGCUUUGUUCCAAGGUGGAGAAAACCCUCAGUCCCAAGUUCGUGGCGUUGCUGGACAUGGGGUUUCCCGAAGCAGAAAUGGUUCAGCUGGUCUCAUCGGUGCCAAGGACCAUCCAGAUUCAUGAUCCGCGGCCCAAGAUCGAGUUUUGGAGGUCUCUGUUUGGUACCCAAGAGAACCUCCUGAAAGCCUUAAAGAGGAACCCAUACCUUAUCAGCUGCAACGUUGGUAAGAGGAUCUUGCCCAAUGUUUCGCUUUUACGGGAUUGCGGCAUUCCUGACUGCCGGAUCGGAAAGAUGGUUCUAAAUUCUCCCAGAUUCAUCACUAUGAAUCUCGAUUCAUUGAAGGUUGUUAUUGAACGUGCUGAAGAAUUAGGGGUCCCCCGUAGUUCGGGUAUGUUCUGGCAGGCGCUCUCUGCUGUCCUUUGCAGCAGUAGAACUGCGGUCGAUGCGAAGUUCAGGCUCUUGAAGAGCCUUGGGUGGUCGGAAUCCGAGAUUGCCUCUGCAGUCAGCAAGACCCCGAAGCUGUUGCAUUUUUCUGAGAAGAGAAUACGUGCUAAGAUGGAUUUUUUGACAAAAGAAGCUGGGCUUGAGCUCUCGUAUGUUGCCUUCCACCCAGUGCUCCUCAUGUGCAGCUUGGAGAGGAGGUUGAUUCCCAGGAAUCAUGUGCUGAGGAUUCUCAAGUCGAAAGAAUUGCCUGAGGGAGGACGGGACUUCUUUCCUGCCAUUGCAUUAACCGAAGAGAACUUCCUCAAGAAGUUUGUUCUUCCGAAUGAGAAGAAGAUUCCAGGCCUUUCUGAAGCUUAUAUGGCUGCUUGUACUGGGAAAGUACCUAUUGCUUGCAAGUUUUGAAGAAGAUACUGUCAGGUCUCUUAUUAUCUUCGUUCAGUGGAUUUAUACAUUGACGCAAUUUAACAUAUUCUCUCUUUCUGAUGUAAGCAUUAAUUUCCCUAGUUUUUUUUGUCUCAUACUUCUAUUGAUGUGUUGAAAUAUUAUGAUGAUCCUGAGAUCUUUGAUUUCUUAUUGCUUGAGGACGAGAGUUGCAUGUUAUAAGGAGAUUGGGAUUUGUUGGCAAUGUGAACGGGGAAUGAGAAGAAGACUUUUUUCUUUUCCCAAACCUCUUCAUGAUAUGCUACUUAUUUUUUUUAACUUCAUGGUUCUCAGUCUAUCAUGGGUUUCAUGUUUCUUUUUCAACAAUUAUUAAAGUUAACUUCACCAGUCACCAGUAAAUAUUGUUUAUUACAUGUUCUUUUUUCGCAUUGCCUCCUUAGAGUACGGGAAUAAAUCUUACAAAAGUUUAGUUUUAUUUGUCAGGUCAUAUCCUAAACUCACUAACUUUGCUUGCAGCACCGAUGGCAAGAUAUUUCUUAAUAAAAGAAGAGAUCAUAUUCACCCAUUCUCAUGAUCUUUUGAUAUGAGAUUAGGAAUUUUUUUUUAAGUUGCUUUUAUGGUGAUCCUUUCAAAGUUAGCAAAAUGUAGAGCUGGUACUGAGCAUAAUCUGUAUUUUCUCUGUUCGUCUUCUCAAGAUUUGGGAUUUUCUAUAGAAAGUUUGACCUUCAUCAUUUUUGAUUUUGAUACAUUGUCCAUGAACUAGCUCAUCGUCACAUGUUUUGGUGGUCAACACUACAACUGCAGUUUGAUACUCAAAAUUAUGUAGUUCUUGCAAGCGGAGAAAUCCACUGAUUUUAGGGUGCCUGCAGCUCUAGUUGUUUUUAAGUUCAGACCUUUAGUGGCAAGUUGACACUAAAACUAAAUUCUUCAAUUCUCAUGUGUCUGCAUGUUUUCUGUCUUCUAAGUUUUGCUAUGAAAUUAUUUACUUAAAUAUCAUGGGUAAAUGACAGUAGACAAUGUCAUCUCCUAGGGACAUAAUGAGCUUUAUUUCAUGUUGUGCAUGAGCAGGAUCUCUGUAACAAUGACAAAGCCUUCUCCCAUCAAGAUGAGGUCAGCUAUGAAACACUACUCUAGAUCAAGAGUCAAAAAGACUGCACACAAACAUGAAAAAAAGGAAGAAAAAGAACAGAAAUUUAUGACUGGCUGUCAACCAUGAACAGAGUGAUUUUGAUUUUUAACUGAUCAGUCCAUAUUUAAUGCCACCAUUUUAAUUUUAGCUAAUACAAUCACUUCCAGUUUCAACCAUUUUAAUUUUAGCUAAUACAAUCAUUUUAAUUUUAGCUAAUACAUAUCAGAGUCAAGUUUGUUGGAGGUCAUGGGUUCGAAUAUCUCCAGUUCAUUUAUUUAUUUAAUUAUCUCUGAUUUAUCUAUUAUCUUGAUUCUUAUAUGUCUAAUAUCAUUUUCAUGGUUUAAGCUUAUCUUUAUACUAUCAAGUUCUUAUUUACUUAUCCCUUUAUGUGCAUGGUUCAGGCCGCACAUUGGUUGGGGUGGGGGGGAGGGGAGGGGAAGAGAGGGAGUUAAGCCUGAUAUAUAUUGUUGACCCUUUUCCUAUCAAUUUCAACUUCUGAGAUUAAUUGGAUACUUAAUAGGGGACACUAGAAAUUUAUAUUUGCAAGUGGAUUAGGAUUUAUUAGCAAUGUGAAUGGAAAAAGAAUUAUUUUAUAUAUCUCCAUAAUUUGCUACAGCUUUUUAUUGGUCAUAAUUUAUUAGCAAGUUUUUCCCCAUUUUUUACUACAACCCUCGUAGUUAAUUUCUCCAGUAAAUGAUGUUCAUCAUACGUUAUUGCUUCUUGUUUUCUCCUGUUAGUGAGGAUAAACUAUUAUUAUGAAAAUUUUAGUUCAUUGUUCAAGUUCAUAUCCCAUCAUAUCCCAAUCAACUAGCUUUAUUUGCAACAACCAAUCUAUUAAUUAGAGGUGAGAAAUUUUCUUAAACAUCAUUCUUCCUGAUACUUUGUCUGUGUGCGGCUCAUAUCACUUGUUCUGGUGGUCAGUGUUAUGAUUUCAGUUCAGUACUUAAUAUGUAGUUCCCAGCAGCAAUUAAAUCCAUUGGCUUGAGGAUGGCUUGUCCCUAUCUACUUCUUAAGUUUGAUCAUCUAGUAUCAAGCGGACAAUGAAAAUAAAUUCUUGACUUCUCAUGUCUUCAUAUUCUCAAACAUUUACGUAUUUCAUGAAAUAUUUGAAUGAUCCCCAUAUCAUGUGCAAACAAUUGCGAACUAUGUCCUUUCUUGGCACAUCAUGAACUUUAUGUUAAGGUUACUUGAUCAGUAGCAUUUCAAUGAUAGCAACAAAGCCUAUUUCAGAGAAAAAUGAUUGUUGGUUUCUUUACAUGGUCUGUACAUAUAUACUGUCCCCAUUGAGAUUUUGACUAAUGCAAUUACGUCCAGUUUUAGUGAGAUCCGAAUUGUUAAAUUGACAAAUGAUUUGAUUGCGAAAAUGUUUUGGUUCAGAAAUCAGGGCCUUCUACACUAUGAUAAUGAACAUGCUGAAGCUGAAAGAACUGCUCAAGGAAACCAAUUAGUUUUAUUAGAUUGCAUGGCAAAAUUUCAUGAUUUGUUUUGUACUUUGUCGCAGUUGAUCUCUUAGACACUUGUAUGCAUGAACAUACUGAGAUAUUAUCAUGGACUGAGAAGUAUCUAGGUUUUUUUUGUCAUCAUUAUAUGAUUAUGUUACAGAAGAUGAUAUUCAUCGCUAUAGGAGCCCUGUCAAUCCUCAGUUUUACAAAUUAGAGAUCUGGUUAGAUGUAUCAACAGACGUCCUGAGGAAUUUAUAGUCAUCAAGACAUGAGAAAAGAAGUGUAAAAACGCCGAAAAUACACUUUGGACUUCAUAAGUAAUUGCCAUCAUGGUAGCCGCUAAGAAUUUUGUUAGCAUGUUCUCCCACAUAAGGAUUAGUAUUACGGACAUCAUGAAGCUCAUGUUCCUGGUUGUGCUGAAAAAAUUCCAGUUAUAUUUGGGAAGCUUCAUUUUGCCAGGAAUGGAGCUUGGAUGAUUGCACUGUUGCAUACGCAGGUUGCGUGUUUGUAAGCAACCAGGCCAAAUAUAUCGGCUCCGUGACCAUGAAAGGAAAAUUCAACAGAAUCCAUGCUUGAUGUGCUUAGUAGUUCCUCUCCAUCCAAGUUUGAAGUUUGUGGUGUAAAAGUGUUUGGCAAAUUGGACCCAUAUUAAUUGAAAUUGCCACCAUUAUGAUCUUGACUUAACCAUUUUUGACAUUGCCAAGAUAUACAAGAAAUUGAAGUGGUUUGUUCAGUUGUACUGAUUUUUGAGCGAACAAUUAGAGAGAUUUCCAUCAUGAUAUUCUGAGAGAAGCUGAAGCUAACUUGCAUCCUCCAGUACCAUUGUGUUGCAUUGAAUUGCAUGGUCUAUUGUUUGAUUUUGUUGUGAGCCACCGAUCUCCACAGCUCUAUCCUGGCUCUCUAUAGACCGAAAAAUCAUCAUGAUGGGAAGAAUAAUUUACUUAAAUUUCUCCGUCAUUUAUCUAUGGCUAGAUGGAUGUGGAUCUACAGGUUAUCUUUGUUAUAAGGUCUGGAAUCCUUGUGGCCUCUUCUUGUUCUGGCGUUGCAUGAUAGCAUGCAGCUGUAAUGGAGCUAAGCCCUAGAGGAUGGAGAAGCUCAGUUAACCGCUGCAAUUCAGUGAAUCAAGGACUCGGUUGAACAAGAAGGCAACGUCCAACGUCGAACCUAAAAAGCAAUAAAGAUGCUGCAUUAGGGAAAUUCCUUCAAAAAACUCGUCACGAAGCCGCUGUCUCUUCUUGGGGAUUUUUUUUUAUCAGGAGCUCAUUUGAGCCGAGAAAACUCAUCCACAACUUGAUCUCAGGGAAGAGGGUGGCGAGAAUGCAGGAACUUGUUGUGAGAAUCGGAGAAGCCGAGAUCUCGUAAAGCUUGGAACUUUGGGGCCAGGGUCUCCUCCACGUCCAAGGAAGAGGUAUCUGGGUUCCAAGAUCCGAGCUUUUUGAUCAGGGUGUCAUCAAAACCGCGUCUUUUGAAGAGACCGAAAACGGAAUCCGGUUGCUGGGGAGAUUUGAUGAGGCAGAGGUGCUUCAAGGCGACCAGGUAGAGUACACCAUGAAAUGGGAUUUGGGAGUGGCGGCGGCGGCGGACGACGAGGGCGGAAGCGUCGUUGCGGCGGCAGAGCAAGGGGGAAAAGAAGGCGAGUGACUGCACCGCUCCAGAACCCUGAAAUACGGUUCGAUCCUGGGGGAUGGAUGUUGGUCCGGUGGCGGUAAACUCCUUUGGUUUUGGAAUAAGAGCGGAAUAAGGGCAGGAAUUCCUCCUAGAAUAGUUGUUUUAGUUUAUCUGGCUGAAAUUUCGUACCCGUGGCAGGAAUAAUCUCGGUUGAAUAGUUUGAGAUUACUUUUGUCAACAUGAAAAAAAAAAAAAAUCGAACUAGUCCGUAUUCUAGAAAUGGUAUUGUUUGUCUU